AUGGACAUUUCGCAAUACAGAUGCAAGGAGUACAUUGCCUGGUCAAACAGGGUCCCCAACUGGUUUUCUGCCAUUGAAAAAUAUGCCGGCGACCGACCUACUCUUCGGCUAUCCAUGAUGGGCACGACGCCGGAGCAUCAGGGCCGUGCAGCUGCUAGCUUGAUGCUCAAGAAGAUGACGGAUUUUGCUGACGAGCGAGGUUUAGUAUGCUAUACAGAGGGAAAUCCCAACGGUUUACCAGUGUACAAAAAGUUUGGCUUCCAGGAGGUAGACAGUAUCACUAUGCCCACCAAGAAUGGUGGCACAUAUGUGUAUACAUGCAUCAUUCGGGAGCCAAAAACCAAGUCAGUUUGA